AUGGUAACACCAUUGAAUGAUAAUGCCAUCCCACCGGCAACCGUUGAAUACUUGUUGCGCCCCCGUCGAAACCACAAUCCGCCCCCAGCACAUGUGUCUUCGGAAAUUCGUUCAUACAUAAUGCGAUAUAAUCGAACCCCAACCAGAGGGCCGAUUUUCACGCCUGUGCAGAAGGACUGGUUGAAAGAUCAUAUACCACAGUAUAUGCAGUGGCCUCCUACCUCAGAUGAGACGAUCACAUUCGUACAGACCAUGCUUAUUGAUUUCGACCACAUGUGGCCUCUUCACCAGAAGUUGUGGCCCGGGUCGAAUGUUCACAUUUUGCUAACCGACAGCAUGCAUGCCAAAUUGACGGCGGAGAUGCUGAUUCUUCGAGGGAAUAUCAAGGGCCACAUGCUGUGGACAACGCGACGUAAUCUGCGUCGCGAGAAGAAUCGAACGGGAAUUGAGCCGCGGAAAUGGUUCUGUGAUCCGCCAUUUCCCAAAUCCAAGGAAGUCAUCCCAUCCUCCAUUUCUUGGACGUCCGACCCCGCCGGCCUAUGGAGUAUAAAUUCAGAACGUGAUACCAUGGUAUCUGUCCGACUGGACGGUCUCAUCAAUCUUCUCCAGUGUCUUUCCCUCGACGAUCAAAAGACACUAUCUCAGGCCUUAGACAUUGGCACGGACACGGGCACCGAUGGUGAUACAUCCAAUGAUAACAUCACCGUCAGAAUGGGCCUGGGCCCUGCCGCUGGCAGCACCGAAAUGGCAUUGGCUGCUCUUCCCGCUGUCUCUGAUGACCCCCCUGCUACAACCAUUGACAGUCCCAGGGAAGCUGCACCAGUUGCUUCUCCUGGCGCAGCUGCUGCCCAUAGUGCUGGCACCACUCCUACUUCUGCCCCCGCAACUGCACAUGCUGCUCCCACUGUGGUUGUUCCUGCAGGGCAUGUCACUGUCUAUGUCGAUUACGAGGAAAACGACUCCUCUGAUGACGAAGAUGCGGCUGCUGCAGCUGCUGCACUUGCGAAUGAUUCCACAUUGAUUCAUUACCGCGAUACCUACUUCAAUGUCCCAGUUGAUGCCACCCCGCCGCUCUAUUAUGUGACUCGAGGCUGGGAUGCAACCGGUCCCAAAGUGCUCGGUGUCUCUCGAGCCAUCUACCACAAGGUGGAUUCCAUCGAGCAAGGGAUAAACAUCGUGAAGGGUGCAAUUGAUCGCGGUGAUGCUUCGCAGGCCUUGUAG